AUGCAACGUUUACGUCCCAUAACAUUGGACGAUGUUGUCGGGCAGGACCAUCUUCUAUCAGCAAAUUCCUUUCUCUGUUCUACAAUCCAACGCAACCUUUUAACUUCUAUCCUCUUAUGGGGUCCACCUGGUGACGUUACUUCUUCAACAAAUUCAACUUUCUAUCAUUUUGUCUCUUUAUCUGCUGUUACUAGUGGUGUUAAAGAUGUUAGAGCAGUUGUUGAUGAAGCAAGAAAACUCAGACUCAAAACAAAUCAAAUUGCUAUUCUUUUUAUGGAUGAGGUUCAUAGGUUUAAUAAAUCUCAACAAGAUUUUUCCUUCCAAGAAGUAACGUUACUAUUGAGAGAUUGGAGAGAAAGGGCUUUUGUUUUGUAUUGA